ACGUGAUGUAGAAGUGUGUUUUCUGCUUUACCCCGACUAUGUACAUGUAGGUGUGAAGAGUACAUCAGUAGCUAGCGCAGCAUCAGCAUCCAGCAUGGCAGCCACCUCAUCAUCCCGAGGUACCAAGCGAUCCUAUGAGGAGAGCGCUGAGUUUGAUGAUUUCAGCUCCACAGCGCCAGCAGGAAUGCCAAGUUCAGGUGACAUGCAGUCAGUAUUGAACUCAUUUGGAUCGGAUAUCUCCAAGACAAUGGACCUGAAGCGCAAGCGCCUGGAAGCAUUCUCACAAGCCUCCAUCAAGUGUAGCAAUCGCAAAGUUGAGGAGAUCUGGAAAAUCCACCAAGAGGAAAGAGGUAAACUUCAAGAUCAGUACAUCAAACAGCUGAACACACUUGUCACGCAGUGGGAAGGUGAUAUGCAGAAAACAAAAGAGAGCGACGAGAAACUGCAGAAUCUUCUACGGCAACAGCAGAAACUAUUCCAGCAACAACGUGUCACACAGCAACAGAAACUGAUGUCCAUCAAGCAGCUGGCUGAGCAGUUUACAAAGAGCACGGAGAAACUAGACACUUGCCAUCAACAGCAGCAAGUUGCAAUGCAGGCUGACCUACGCAAGGAAAUGGCAUUGCUACAGAAGAAGAUGCUGAUGGACUCGCAAAACCAAGAGAUCUCCCAGGUCAGAAAAACGCUACAGACGAUGUUAGCUCAAGUCUAAAAGGAGGGGCGAUGAGUAUUGAGAGAUACUCCUGCCGGCACAAGUCACAAUGUUACGAUUUCUUCGACAGUCACGACUGCAUGUUCUCUUCUCUACAUUAUCCUGUUUCUAGUAAUGUCUGUCCAUGCAAACCUCAUAGCCUGGACACGGAUAAACCUCAUUGCCUGGACACGGAUAGCUUAUGUGACAUACAGUACACUGCUGCACACACACACACACACACACACACACACACACACACACACACACACACACACACACACACACACGCCAUAUCUCUGAGUCUAGGCAACAGAGUGGUGUAUUCGCACGUAUAACAGUCAGUGACACUGUGAUUGUGUUAGGAUAUCGCAUACUUCUCACGGUCAUCAUGGAUUCAGUUGCAACCAACUCUCCCCCCCCCCCCCCCCCCGCCCACACACAUGCCUCCUUCUUUCGUUCUUUUUACGAAUUGGGUGUUUGGUUUUCAAGUAUAAACAAACACACACACACACACACACACACACAUUCAUGUACACCAUGCCUCAGCACCAUAAUUAUUGCUUAAAAAAAACAAUGAUAAUUAUCAUGUCAAUAUAUUAUCCUCCAGAGCAUUCUACCAAGAGUACUCUUGAUUCUACAGUAUCUUGUUCUCCCCACACAGGUAGCCAGGGGUUGAACACACACCCAGAUUAUCUCCAGAUACGCAAUAACAACCGACAAACUAUGCUACACGCCGAGUGAUAUCUUGAAGACUUGUGGAGCACAUUCAUUUCACAGAUAUAAUAAUAACCAGACUGCAGUAGUUGCAGUAGCACACAAUUAUUGUCAACGUGUUUAGAAAAUAUCUUCAUAUUAUGUAUACAC